AUGGAGGAUCAGCGCAGGCCGAGUCAUGCCGCGGGAUAUCCAGCCUCGGCCGACACCAAGCGCGGCGGCAACUUGGCUGCCGCCGACACCGAGGGCGGCAGGGCACUGGCUGCCGCAAGGCGUGCCCAGCGCCGUCUCGGCCUCAGGGAAAAGCCAGCGCGCACCAAGAGAAAUCCGGCCUCUGCCGACAGUAGAGGCCGCCGGUCCUUCGCCGCCGCCGACGAGAAGUUCGGACGUUCCGCGGGACAUUCGGCCACAGCCGACAUGGAGGGCCGCCGGCCCUUCGCCGCCGACGAGAAGUUCGGACGCGCCGCGGGAUAUCUAGGCUCUGUCGACACCGACGGCGCGCGCACCGAGGGAAAUCCGGCCUCUGCCGACGGUGGAGGCCGCCGGGCCUCGCCGCCGCCGACGAGAAGUUCGGACGUUCCGCGGGAUAUUCGGCCACAACCGACUUGGAGGGCCGCCGGCCCUUCGCCGCCGUCAAGCGGGACUAGCUCGGCCGUAGUCUCGAUCGGAAGCCAGCACUCGCCGCGAGCCAUCCAGUCCCGGCCGGCCAGCAGGGCCGAGAUCCCCGCCACAACUCCGGCCGCAGCCGGGCUGCUUGCCGAGGACCUAGCCAGCGCGCUGCGGCACCUCGACGAGGAGUUCGAGGCGGGCGAGAGGCUGGCUAACGAGCAGACGUGGUGUGCGCCGGUGCCGCGCGAGAGGCAGGUGAGGACGGUGCGGAAGUUCUACCGGGCGUUCCACGACGCUGGCACGCUGCCGAUCGCGACCUGCACGCUAUGCUACCGGAAGCGGGCCAAGGGGGAGCUGAGGGAGAUGGCGUGGGAGGGGUGGGAGGGGUGGUCGCGGAGCGGUGUUGCGGGGGGCGGGCGGUCCCCGUUCGGGUGCCAAGCCUGCUUCCCGGAGGGCAGGCCGGUGGCGGUCUGCGCAGAGUGCGCGCGAUGGGCCGGGCGUGAGGGGGCGUCGCCGGCCAUGCACCUCCAUGGGCGGCUCGGCUGCGAGCACGCGUACCCCGACGAGCUAAAGGACCUCACGCCGCUCGAGGAGAAGCUCAUCUCGCUCAACUCGUGCUACGGCUUCGUGACGAAGUAUAGCAUCCCCGGCGGCCAGAGGCAGAGCGUGAGGUACCCGAGGCACGUCAAGGGCCAUAUCACGGUGUUCCCGAACGACGUGCAGGGCCUGGCUGCCAAGGUGCUCCCGCACCCGCUGGUCCGGGUCAUGGACGAGAUCCACGUCUCGUGGCAGGGCGCUGAGAGGCCCGGGCCGCGGGACCUAUCAGGCCUGCUGUCGGAGAACAACCCGCUCUACGGCGAGGUCGAGAUCGACGCGGCGGAGAUAGCCAGCUGGGGGGCGCCGCCGCACGGGGUGCCGCCGGUGGUGUGCGAGCGGCUGGAGCGAAACGAGCCGUCGGCGCGGGAGAGGACGCAGACGGCGCAGGUGGUGCCGCCGUCGGAGCGGGCCAUGGACGACGGAGGCGCGGCCGAGAUCGAGGAGGUCCUCGCGAUGCUAAGGCAGGGCCAGGACCCCGCCGAGGGGAGCCGCGACGUCGGGCUCACGUGCGAGGACGACGACAGGGACGGCGCUAGGCCCGAAGAGGACGGGGACGUAAUCAAUGAGGUAACGUCUUCCGGCAUGUUCCCGUUAGAUGGGGCGCCAGAUGUGGCCGACGCCGAGAAGAUUCGCUUCGCCCGCGACGCGGUCGGGCCCGAGGGAGCGCGCGCCAGCCCGAGGACGUGGGUAGGGACGGCGGCCAGAGGGCGGCGGGCGACGGCGGCGACGGCGAGCCGUACAUACAGGUGCGACGCGGCGAGGAUUUCGCCGACUCGGCGGACGCCUCCUUCUGCAAAGGCCUUCCGACCCUGUUCCCUUGGCUUAGGCGGGCCGAGGCUCGCCGACGAGGACGCCGCGGGAGAGCGCGGGCCCAGCGUCGGGAACCAGGGCGCCCAGGCGGAGCGGGUUGCAGAGGGCCUUAUGUCGACGCGGAACAUGAAGCUCCAGGCAUGGGCCGACGUCGUGCUGCGGCGUCACGGCGGCCGGUUCGCGACGCACCCUAUCUUCGCCUUCCUUGUCUUUAACAUGGGCGUGCGGUCUAAGAACCGCCAGGCCAGCAUGCUAGGCGUAGCGAGGAAGAACUUCGCAAGGGUCGAGGGCCUACUAAAGUCGUUAACGGCGCAGAGGCUCGAGGCGGCCAGGCCGAGCUCGAGGCCACAGUAUGCGGAAGAAGAUACUAUCCUCAUCGUUAGGUACGGGGUGCCGGCUAUCUGGUUCACGCUGAACCCGAACGACAUUACGAACCUAGUAAAGUUACGGCUAGCGGCGCACCGCGGCCGCGACCCCGACGAGGCCGAGGCCUUCCUAAGUGACCUAGGGACCGCGUAUAAGCGGACGCGGCUGGCCAUAUCGGACCCGAUGAGCUCGGCCGUCUUCUUCCACCGGGAGAUGACGCUCUUCUUCGAGCACUACGUCAACGUCGGUGAGGAGUCGGUGUUCGGCCACGUCGGCGCAUACUACGGGGCGGUAGAGACCAACGAGCGAGGCGCCCUCCACAUCCACGGGCUCCUCUGGCUAAGGGGCAACGCGGGCAUUGGCGACGCGCUCGCCGGCCCGGACGCGGAGGAGCAGGCGGCGUACCGGGAGCGCAUCGUCCGCUACGUAGAUAGCGUCUUCUCUGAGGAGCUAGACGCAGAAGGUUACUGUGCCAUGCAGGCAGAGCGGUCGGCCACGGCGGACAUAUCGUCGCGGCUCGACGACGUCGCGCGCUUCACGGACACCUUCGACGAGGAGGCCAACUUCUGCGCGGGCGCGACGCAGAUCCAUACGCAUAGCGCGACCUGCGGGAAUAAGACGAGAACGUUCCUGCUUAAGGCGGCGAAUCGAGUCUUUACGGAGCGGCCGCUGUCGCAGGUCGAGGUGAUCGCGCACCUCCUAGGGUACCCGGCGGAGUUUAGCAGCGGCUCAGCGUGGGCGUAUAUAAACGCAAACCAGCUCUACUGGGCCGUCUUCCGCCGGUGGCGGCACCUCCGACGGGCGAGCGGCGCCGAGGCGACGGGCGACGCGCCGGACGAGACGGCGCUUAGGCGGCCGGGUUGCGGGGCGACUGUAUGCGUCGACGGAUACCUCAGCAAGGAGUUCAGCGAGGAAGACGACGAGUCGUGCCACCGGAGGGCGGCGGUGCAGCACCUGGCCCUAUUCGUGCCGUGGGAGUCCUUCCUCGGCGAGGAGGCAGGCGACAUUAACAACAUCUGGGCACGGGCGCGGAUGGCCGCCACGGCCGAGGAGGGCGGUAUGACGGCGCCGCAGGCCGACGACGAAGGCAGGGGGGCGGCCGAAGGGGGCGAGGAGGCAUACCGCGCCGGCGGGGCGGGCGACGCGGCUCGGCUCAUCGACGUCGUCCGAACGCCGCCAGCGCGGGACAAGUCACGGCGCAUCGGCGCUCGGGUCGGCGGCCGAGCUCGCGGCGACGGUGGUGGCGGACGAGAGGGCAGGCAGGCGGGUGAACCUACCGGGCUCGGCGCUGUCGGGGCGGCACUGCCGCGGCAAGAAGAGGUGCGGGCCAUCAAGUCGCAGCAGAGGAGCGCGGCGCGGGAGCGGGAGCGGGCGAUCCAGGGCAUCCAGGGCGGCGGGGCGGCGGCGGGCGUCGGGGCCGACCGCGGCGCGGCCCUUCGCGGGGUGAUGGGGGGCUUCGGCGAGGACGACAUCGACGUAACGGCGGCCGACGGCGACGCAGACGCAGGCACGGCGGCGGGGAUGCGCGAGCUGGCGGGCCAGCUCACGCUCAACGAGAAGCAGGCCAUCGCCCUCCUAAUCGUGUGCCGGCAACUCGACCGAAUCCGGCAGGGCGACGACGCAGGCGGCGACGGUGGUGGCCAGCUCUGCCUAUUCAUCGGCGGCGAGGGCGGCACCGGCAAGUCGCGCGUCAUCGAGGCGCUCGUCGAGCUGCUCGCCCGGAGGGACCUAUCGAGCCGGCUGCUGGUUACGGCGACGUCGGGGACGGCGGCAGCGCGGAUCAACGGCAUCACGCUGCACUCGGCCUGCGGCCUUACGGGCGAGCGCUUCGUCGACGGCCGGUCGCGGAUGGACUGGCAGGAGAAGGAGGUGCUGGUGAUCGACGAGGUCAGCAUGCUCGGGGCGCGGACGCUGCACGCCGCCAACGAGCAGCUCUGCCGGCUGCGGGGGUCGGCGCGGGACUUCGGCGGCAUCCCGGUAGUGAUCCUCUGCGGCGACUUCCACCAGUUCCGGCCGGUGCAGGAACGGUCGAUCCUGCUGCCGAGCGCGGCGGUGGCGUGGGACGAGGACGGGGCGUUCGCGGCCGAGCAGCGGCGGCAGCACGACAAGGCGCACGCGCUGUGGCGGCGCUUCACGACGGUCGUCAUGCUAGACGAGCAGAUGCGGGCCGCCGGCGACCCGGAGCUGCGGCGGCUGCUCGGGCGGAUCCGCCGGGGCGAGCAGGACCGGUCGGACCUAGAGCUGCUCAACUCGAGAUGCUACCGGCCGGGCAGGCGGAUCCCGUGGGAGACGGGCCUGACGGUGGUGACGCCGCUCAACCGGAACCGCUGGAACCUCAACCUAGAGGCGGCGCUCGCGUUCCGGGAGAGGCGGCGGACGGCGGCGCGCGUCUUCUCCGAGCAUAAGUGGAGGGACGGCGUGCCGACGGAAGAGGAGGCGGUGCUAAUGCUAGGCCAGGGCGACGACAGCGCGACCCCGGUGCCGGCCGUCUUCCUCUUCGUGCCAGGCAUGCCGGUCGUCGUGAACCAGAACACGCACCAGGGGCUAAGCAACGGGGCCGGCGUCAAGAUCACAGCGCAGCGGAAGCGGCCAUGGCAGCGCAACGACGUCAGCCGGAGGGGCCUGCCGUGCGCCGCGGCCUUCGCCUGCACCGACUAUAAGGUGCAGGGCGGGACGCUGGAGCGCGUGGCGCUGGAGCUGCGGGGGGCGAGGAUGACGACGGUCGAGGGGAGGGCGGUGCCGUCGUCGUGCGACCCGUAUAGCCUAUACGUGCAGCUGUCGCGGUGCCCGACGCUCGACGGCAUCAUGCUCGUAUCAGAGGUGCGGAGCGGGACCUAG